CUCAGUCGUUUCGAUUACGUUGCAAUGUUUUCCGAAGACGUAAGUAUUACACUGCGCUGCACCUGCUAAAGCAGCGGCUGCGUAUAUUCUGAAUUCACGUUAAACAGUAGCGCAUCAAUUAAGUUGGUCGAGGUUGUUUUCGGUAAAAGACAGCCAGGCUGUCUGCCUCAGCUAUCAAUCAAAUGUCGACGGAGGAUCUGUCCACUUCCGACAGCGAAGCUGCCUUCGCCGGAGCUGGGGAGCGCUGGGCGCCGGUGGGAGCCGUGGCCAACCCGGAGGAUGAGCAGUGGAAGCGGGGCACGCAGGCUGGCUCUGCGCCGUCCAGCGAUACAGACAUGGUAUCUAGAUUGAGAAAGCUGGAGGAUGAGCAGGAGCAGCUGAACUCAUCGCUCCUCGCGUUGACGUCUCACUUCGCUCAAGUGCAGUUUCGGCUGAAACAGAUCGUCCACGCGCAGAGCGACGAGAAAGAGAGGAUGCUGUUGGAGCUGGAGGAGUUUGCCUUCAAAGGCUGCCCUCAUGUCAUAGGCUGCAGGGCACAGGAUGCUCAGAUGCUGGAAAACUCUGAUGAAUUGAGUGAAAGAGAGAAAAGGGAACGCUUGGAAGCUCAGAGAAAGAAGCAGAAGGAGCUGAUUUUCCAGCUGAAGACUCAACUCGAUGACCUGGAGCGCUUUGCCUACCAGGAGGGCAGCUAUGACUCACUGCCUCAGUCUGUGGUCAUGGAGAGACAGAGGGUGAUCAUUGAUGAGCUGAUUAAGAAGCUGGACGUGAACCUGAAUGAAGACAUCGGGAACCUCACUCCAGAGGAGCUCCGACAGAGAGUGGACGCUGCUAUAGCUCAGAUAGUCAACCCGGCUCGAGUCAAGGAGCAGCUGGUUGAGCAGCUAAAGACCCAAAUCAGAGACCUGGAGAUGUUCAUUAACUUCAUACAGGACGAAGUGGGAAACCCUCUGUUAAAUGAUGGUGUGAAGAGCCAACAGGCUCGUGCUCCCGGACCAAACACUGGAGCCACUGGAGGAAUGAAGCGAGUGGAUCCCGAACAGGCCCAGAGGAUGCGGGAAACCGGGCUUCAGCUGAUCCAGAGAGCCUUAGCGGUGCUGCAGAUCUUUGCUCUGAGUCAGUUCGGGUGCGCCGCGGGUCACGUGCCCCAGAGCGUGUGGUCUCAGGGCGGCGAGGCGCAGGAUUACGGCCCCCUGCUGCAGAAACUGGAAGCAGCCGUGGAGCGCGUACGUCUGCAAGCAUCCCGCCAGCAGCCCAGCUCUCAGGACGAACACGUGGUCAGCUACUCCGCCUGCCUGACACCCGAAGGGCCUCGAGAUGAACUCACCGCUUCUGUGCGUAAAGAUCUGGCCCUGGCGCUCCGGGACCUUCUCGCCCACGGACUGUACUCUCCUUCUCAAGGCAUGAGCCUGGUCCUCGCCCCCAUUUCCUGCCUGCUGCCCUUCAGCGCUUCUCCCCAGACCCUGCAUCCCUGGGAACUUUUCAUCAAGUACUAUCAUUCCAAAAAUGGCCAGGCGUUCGUGGAGUCGCCCGCCCGCCAGCUCUCUCAGUCCUUCAGUUUACCCGUGGGGGGCGGUCCUGUGACUGUCACGCCCAAGCAGUCUCUGUUAUGGGCCAUCCACACGGUUCUCAAAGAGCAUGGGCGAUUUAAGCGCAGCGCGGACUCUGAGUUUAAGGCCUUAGUGUGCAUGGCGCUCAAUGAGCAGAGGCUUGUGUCCUGGCUCAACCUGCUGUGCAAGUCUGGGACGCUCAUACACUCUCACUACCAGCCCUGGAGCUACAUGGCCCAGACGGGCUUCGAAGGUGCCCUUCGUAUCUUGGGCCGUCUCAGCCAUCUCAAAUUCAGCCUUCCUGUAGAUUUGGCUGUCAGACAGCUUAAAAAUAUCAAAGAUGCUUUCUAAGCUAAAGAAGUAGAUGGAAAUUUUGACGGAUUUUUGAUCUCCCAGCCUUCGUAAUCUUAAAAAAAAUAACACUAAUAUAAAAAAACACCAACAUUACACAUGACACAAAAUGAAAUUUAAAAGAUGCUCCCUGAUCAACAGGUACACUGGAAUUAAAUAUUUGGAAAAGAAGCAACUCGUGCACUUUCUUGAGACUGUUGAGUCUAAUGCCUCUUGUCUCUAAACUGAAGAUGAUGAUGAGUCAAGGCAGGUUUUAAUAUGCUGCAUUGGUCACAACUUAAAGGAAAUAUGCUCAGUUUAGUGACCCUGAGCUUGUAACUGCCUCCACAUAACCUUUGAGGCGAAUUGUUAUGUUAAGCUUUUACCAAAAUCAACCACUACAUAGAAGAAUGAGUUAUUACUUGAAAUCUUUUCAAGGGCCAUUGCAUAUGUUUGAGAUACACUACAGUAUCUAUAUUACAUAUAUAUAUACACACACACACACACACACACACACAGAGUUUAAAAAUAGUGACUAGUGACAAUGCUUUAAUUACACUCUUUUUGUUAUAAAUGUAUGUAGCCAAAUACACUCAUUUUCUGAGCUUGUACUACAUUAUUGUACAGUGGUUCGCAGACAAAUCACAAGACGUUUUGAUUUAAGCUUGCGUUUCAUUUCCAUUAAUAAGGGUAGCUGCAUUUCAAACAGUGGCAUAGCGAGUAUCUUUGGUUUAUUGCUGCUCUGUGUUGGUAUCGCUUUCUGAGGAGACCAUGCAUGCUGGUGAGACCUCACUUAGGUCAAGCAACACACUCAGGUCAUUCUGAACAAACACGGAGAUGUACAUUGGUGUUUGUAAAUCAUCUGAAAACCACUGCUCUCCCUAACUUCCUUUCCACAGCCUGGUGACACUUUAAAACUGAUUGUAGAACACCGCAUCUUGUGUUUGCGCUGCCCGCUCGCUGCUGCCGCCGGAGGAAAUGCACAGCAAGUGAACUGAAUGAAGUAGAGGUCAUUGAGCACAUUUGCUGAAUACGAGUCUGAUAUGCUGUGCAUUGUCACUGACUGAAUUAUUUAUGGCCUGUUAUGCUGUGCCAGCAUUCAGAGGCUCUGCUUGAAUACCUGCUGUUUCCGUGUCUUGUCAAUCCUUGUUUACUGCUCUGAAAUAUUGAAUGUACAAUCCUUGGAAUUAUAUCCUGCUACUGUAACUGAUCUGAUUCCAGAUUCCUUAAACCACUCUGAAUAUUGAUUUACUGAAAGUAAGAAGGGACUGUUCGUUACCCCACAUCGUGGCAAUGGAUUUUAUAUUGGGCGUAUUUCUCUGCACCAUUACAAUAUAGAGGAAUGGUUGUAAUGCAUUUAUUAGGGCGGUUCAAUUAGCCCUUAUUUAAUGUAGUAUUUUUCCCCUCCUGCUUUGCCUUUUUUUAUAGUGAUAUAUCAACCUGAAUACAUGCUUGGCCUAUUUUGAUGUCCAUUCGUUUGUUUUGUCCUUACAUAUCUAUUUAAGAAAUUGUCGUCUUUGUACCUCUUCUUAGAAAGAAAUAGAUUUUCAAUUAUUUCAAUAUUGAUUUCAAAUCAGUGUCAAUUACAUUCCCUUUUAUAAAAUUUGUGCCAUCAUUUUUGAAUGUAAUGAUGGUCUCUUUUCAGUGAUUAAAUGUUCUUGAUGCUCAAUGGA